AUGCAGCCAGAGAAGCAGAUACUUGAAUGUUCGCCUCUGCUGUAUAUUACGGACAGAGAAAGACUCUACAGAAUACUCUCAGAGAACUAUUCAGAACAGCAAAUAAAAAGACUCUUUUCUGAGCUCCAGAAAUAUAACGUGCUCUACUUCUACAAGAUCCCCAGUAAAGAAGAAUUAGAAGAGAUAUACGAAAUUCCAGAAAGUAAAGAAGUAGAGGCAAAACAAGAAGGAAAUGAAAAAGUACAUAAUAGAUUCUGGGUUAGCACCUGCCAAGGACCCAUAGAAGAGAAUAGCACCAGACCACUAGUAAAUGAGAAUAUUCAGACAAAGGAAGAAUAUUCUAAAGAAAGCAUAGACAGCAGCCAUAAGAAGAUUAAUAUGUGGGACAGCAGUAAAACAGAAAUAAACACUGCAGAGGGUAUAGAAGCACAUAGAUCUAGCCCAAUUAUUCUAAGUACUGUAAAUAACAAUGCAGAAGCAGAUGGUACAGUGGCUAUAGAGGGUGUUCGUAUAAGAAGAUGCUUUGAUAGCUAUCACUUACGGAAUAAAGAGUACCUGUACGAUGAAAGUAUAGAUGAAAGAUCUGACUUUGACAGAAUAUUCCUAUCUGCAUAUUAUAAAUACACCUGUGGAGAGUACCUUAGUGCUCUUGAUAUGAUGGAGAAUUUACUAAGAAAAAGUACAUCCGGGGACUUUGUUCAUUUUGGCUGUAGACUGCAUCUGCUUUCAAUUGGGGCAAGUGCUGCCUACAAGUCAGGCGGGUACUUUGAUGCCCUUUGGAUGUGCAAGGCAGGGAUUCUUCUCUCCAAAAGUGUUGACUUCUCAGAGGGGCAUUUAUUCUUCCAAGGAAUGCUUUCAAUCAUUGAAGCAACAAAGAAGGAAGAAAUUCUUGUAGAAGAGAUAAAGCACACUCUCAUAUCAUCGCAUGUAAGUGAAUUAUUGAAUAUUCAUGUGACUCUGGAAGAUAAACUAAGCAGAUGCAUUCAGUACAGAAAUGAAAUAACCCUACUAAGAGAUGUGAAAAUAUACGAUGCCCGGGAAAUUGCAUGCAGUGAGAUUGGGGAUAGAUCUAUCCUGGAAUAUAUUAAUAAGAUAAAGGGAAUUGGUGAGAAAUGUAUGUAUAUUUCACCCAUUGUAGUCUACUCAAUUGAUGGCUGCAUUGCAUUCGGCCUUAUAUACUAUAAUGAGAGAGCAAAAAUGUCCGUUAUAAAGUCGAAAAUUUCUACAAAAAAUCUUCUACAACGGCUAUCUCAGAUCCAGAAAAAAAACAAAGAAGUCCUUAAGAGGGUGUGCACUACACCACAAGAGAAGCAAGAAUGGUGGCGUAUCAGGAUCUCACUUGAUAAUGAAAUCAAAAAAGAACUAGCCCUAAUAGACACGUAUUUGCAAAGGUACUCAGAGAAGGGCCAUAAAAUUAAAGAUAGAGUUGCACUUGUGAUUGAAGAUAUCCUGGGAAGUAUUCCCUUUGAGAUGUGUAACUCCUUCUCCAAGUGCGGUGUAUUCAGGUGCUCAUCACUUUGCCACAUUCUCUCGUGCUCUGUUGAGACGGAAAGUACCCUACCAGAAGACAAAGACUUCUUCUAUGUUUUAAACCCAGAGAGAAAUUUAAUGCAGACAGAAGAGAGAAUAUCCAAGCACAUAAGCAAGCACCUUCCAAAUGCAUCAGGAAUUCGUAAUAGAGUACCCCUUCCCAUGGAGACAGAACAGGCAAUUCUAUCCCACCGUAUAUUUAUGUACUUUGGGCACGGUGGAGGAGAGAAGUUCUUUACACCAAGGAAGUUAAAGAGACUUGUGAAGAGUAGAAAUUCCACUGAGAAGAAAACAAAGAGUAUCUUUCUAUUUGGAUGUUCUAGUGCCCAUAUCUCUGCAUUUCCUUUAUACAACACACACAGUACAUGUAUAUCAUAUAUGCAUAUUCCUGUUGUUAGAAAUGUCGUUGGUGCACUCUGGGAUAUAACAGAUAAGGAUCUGGAUAUAACCAGUAUUGGCAUCAUAGAGGCAAUUCAGAAUAGAAAGGAGCCACUCUCAAUUGCACUGAAUAGGCUCAAGCAUGCAUGUAAAUUGAAGUACUUAAAUGGGGCUGCCAUUGUGCUAUAUGGAAUAGACGAGUGA